UUAUAGCAUUCGCCCUAUUAUUUUUAUGAGCAUACAUUGGCCCCCUUUCUCGGACCUCCAGAAACCCUAACUCAUUUCGCUCGGUCUGCUUCGCGGCUUUCCUCAGAGCAGCCGCGUUCUUCGUCUGGUCCGCCAAAAUGGUGAACGUGCCAAAAACUAAGAAAACAUACUGCAAGAACAAGCAAUGCAGGAAGCAUACCUUGCAUAAAGUUACUCAGUACAAGAAGGGAAAGGAUAGUUUGGCUGCUCAAGGGAAACGGCGUUAUGAUAGGAAGCAGUCUGGAUAUGGAGGUCAAACCAAGCCUGUGUUCCACAAGAAGGCCAAAACAACAAAGAAGAUCGUGUUGAGGUUGCAAUGCCAGAGCUGCAAGCAUGUAUCACAGCAUCCAAUUAAGCGCUGCAAGCACUUCGAGAUUGGUGGAGAUAAGAAGGGAAAAGGAACAUCUCUCUUCUAGUUGGUAUUUCUGUUUUGUUUGCAUCAGAUUGUGGCUCGUCACUACCGGAAAAACCUAGGAAACAUCUCGUCUUGUUUAGGAUUUCAAGCAUGUCGUAAUUGUUUUUUGGACGCAAGUAAGAAGGGAAAACCUUGUGAAGCAUUUCUUUGUUUUGUGGGACCUGCUUUAAUGUAGACAUGGUGGAAUACUAUGCUAUAUAAAUUUUUGCUCACUUUGAUUUUGA